AUGGAGGAUCGAGAAUUUUACGAUUACAUUAUCUGCGGAGGAGGCACUUCAGGAUGCGUCGUUGCAGGGCGGCUGGCCGAGAACCCGCAAGUGAGAAUCCUCGUCAUCGAGGCUGGACAACAUAACAAAGAUCUGGAGAGUGUUCACAUGGCCGGGGCCUGGUCCACCAAUUUUGAUAAAGAAACGGAUUGGAACAUUGUCACACGUCCAAUGUCCGGUGUUGACGACCGGCAGGUCAAACUAAGCAGGGGCAGGUUCCUAGGCGGCAGUAGUGGCUGCAACGGAACCCUCUGUAUCCGUGGCUGUAAGCAAGACUACGAUGAUUGGGGCCUAGAUGGAUGGAGUGGUCAAGAGUUCUUUCAAUACAUGCGAAAGACAUUUCACUCGAAGCCCUGGUUUAAGGCUAACCACGAGUAUCAUGGCCAGUCCGGACCUUUGCAUAUCGAGCCACACGAUCUUGCACCAAUUAGCAAUUUGAUUAUGGACUCCUUUGUCUCACAGGGUCUUCCACUUGACCAUGACAUGUUCACAACUGGGGAAACGCCCCACGGAUGUGGUCACGUACCACGAACAGUACACAAGGGUAUCCGUACAACAAGUGGUGAUUUUAUUACGAACGGAUACCUCCGGUCCAAUGUCACAAUUAUGACUGAAACCACUGUCGAUAAGGUUCUUCUAGGGCAAGGUUCUGAGGGCUUGAAGGCUGAAGGAGUGGUGGUCAUCACGCCCGAUGGCCCGAGGUCUAUUUACGCAAAGAGAGAGAUUAUCAUUUCUGGGGGUGCGUACUGCAGCCCAGCAAUUCUCAUGAGAUCUGGAAUAGGGUCCAAGGAGGAGCUAAAUAAGCAUGACAUUGAAUGCAAGGUGGACUUGCCAGGAGUGGGUCAGAACCUCCUUGACCAUAUGAUUGUGUUCAUGUUCUAUGAGACCGAAAAGCCCGGCUUGACAAAUGAUCACCUCGUCCACCACGGUGACAGCUUCGAGAAGAGUUACGCACUCUGGAAGGAGAAAAAAGAAGGGUUCCUUUCAACGUUUCCAUUUGGUUGUUUUGCAUUUGCCCGACUUGACGACCGUCUCAAGGACGAGCCACUUUGGCGGGAUGCACCACGGGAGCCCGGUCGUGACCCAAUGGGCUUGACUCCGAAGCAGCCGAACAUUGAAUUCUUCACCACGGAAUGUUAUGGUGGUCCCAAACAGUACGACCAAUUUCCUAUCGAUCACAAGCAUGCAUUUUCUAUCAUUGCGGAAUUGUUCUCUCCCCGGUCUCGAGGCAGCGUGACACUAUCCUCGAAGAACCCGCUUGAGAAUCCCAUCGUCGACUGCAAUUAUCUUUCGGAUCCAUUGGACCUUCUUGUUCUCACAGAAGCCUGUCAAUUUGCCAACGAGAUCAUCACCAAAGGAGCUGGAACGAAAGACAUUGUUAAGGGAUCGUGGCCACCCAACCUGGCUCAUCAUACGUACACCAAAAGAGAAGAGUGGAUUCCCUAUGUCAAAGAGCACGGAACGACCUGCUACCAUGCGGCAGGUACAUGCGCUAUGGGCAAGGAUGGUGACCCUAACGCCGUUCUUGACCAUAAGCUACGAGUGCGGGGGGUAUCCGGGUUGCGCGUUGCUGAUUGCAGUGUCAUGCCAACGCUGCAUGGAGGCCAUACACAAAUGCCUGCAUACGGGAUCGGUGAGAAGUGCGCUGACCUUAUCAAAGAAACUUGGAGCACACCUUCACUAGGGGGAGUGUCGAGGCUAUAA